AUGAUUGAUAUUAAUCAGAAUCAACCUUUAUUUAAUCCAACAGUUCCUUAUAUACCAACGAAUAUGGGUGAUUCAGGAAAUGAAAUGUUUCUAAAUCAACCUGGAGGUAUGAAUUCAAUGCCAUUACAAAAAAAAGCUAAACAAUCACCACUUUCGCGUAUACCUAGUCUACAUUUACCAGCAAUUAUCUUACUUGCAUUUGCUUGGUUAUUACAAACAUUAGCAACAUUUCUUCCUUAUUGGUCAACAUAUUCUGGUAUAGAUGAUUCUCGAGCAGGUCUUUGGAGUGCUCAAAAUUUUAAUUUUUGGACAAUACAAAAUUUUUAUUUUCCACAACCAACUGAUUUUCCAAAUUUAACUCAUUCAAUUAGCUUUACUACAGCUAAUACAAAAGCAUAUAUAGUAACUGUUCAAUUUUUAAUGACAUUUAAUUUUGUACUGAUGUUCUUAGUACUUAUUGCAUUAACAGCGGAUUAUGUUUUUUCUCAACAAACACGUGAUAGACCUUGGAGUUUACUUAUGCGAGAUUAUAAUACAUCUGAUACAGCUAUUAAAUAUGGUCUUGUUCUCUAUAUUCUCUAUGUAUUUAUUAUAUUUGAAUUUGCUGCAUGGAUAACAUAUAUUGGUUCACGACAUGAUAAUAAUUGGACUAUGCAUGUUUCAUUUGCAUUUGCUAUUAUCGUUAGUGUAUUUUUAAUUGCCGUUUUUAUUAUGUAUCUUAUUGAAUUUCUUAAAAGAUUUCAAAAAAAUCGUUUGAAAUGGGACUAUUGGUAUGGUCCAUAUAUUGAAUGGGGAUUUUUUGUAUAUCUUUCAGCAUUACUAUUACUUUUAAUUGUUAUAUGUUGUCCUGAAUGGGCUUAUGCAAAAGAUUAUACACAUUUUAUAUUUCCUGAAAUUGGACUAUUUAAACAAUGUUUUUUAUCAUCGAUAUAUAAAAAAGCAGCUACAAGUGGUUAUUGUACACUAUCAAAUUCAAAAAAUAAUAAAGCAUGGGUUGAUGCAACACAAGCAUUUAUGCUAAUGGCUUAUAUUGCAGGCAUGAUAAUAUUAAUUGUAAUUGUUAUUUUUCGAAAAGAAUUUCGUCAUAAUGCAACCGGUUAUUAUGCAACACGUUUACCACAACCAACAUUUACAUAUAUUAUUGCUGGUCUUAUACUUUUCUUUUGCUUUAUUUUUACAUUAAUUGGUAUAUCAAUAUUUGGUGGUGAAGUAUUUAAUCAUCCGUUAAAUGUUAAUUGGGGAUAUAUAGUUGCUAUUAUUGCUAUGCUACUUUUUCUCAUUACAGGCAUAUUAUUUAUUUUGGAUGCUGUUCAUAGUGGAAAACAGACAGCACCAAAAGGCUCAAAGAAAAAGAAAAGUUUUUUCUUUCCAGCACCUUUAAAUGAUCGAGUAAUAGCUAUGCAACCAUUGUUAAGACCAGAACAAGCUUGGCCAUCAAUACCACCAGAACCACCCGUUUUACCAAUGCAACAAUUGCAAGUACUUCCACCAGCAUGGCCGCCUAUGUAUCCACCAGUCAAUUUUCCUAAUCCACCAAUGUAUCCACCAAUGUAUCCAUUUGAACAACCUCCAAUGAUGAUGCCACCGCCAAAUUAUCCAUUAGAUCCAUAUUCAAAUACUCCAUUUACUCAAGCAGCUGUAUCAAAUUAUAUUCAACAAAUGUUAAAUAGUCCUCAAUUAUCAUCACCACCAUAUAAUCAAGGUUUAAUGAAUUAUUCACCUGAUAAUUCACUAUCAAAUCCAAAUAAUCGUGAUAAUAUAAUAGAUGAAAAUUAUUUAUCUCAUAUGGUUCGUCGACAUUUUUUACAACAACAACGUUUAAAUUAUAAUCAUGAACGUUUACUUGAAAAAUACAGUCAUCUUCGUUCAGCACGUAUAUCUACAUUUCGUACAUUUGGUUCAAGUUCAUUACCUGGAAGAAAUUAUGACAAUUAUUUAUAUCGAAAUCGUGGUAAUGAUCGUCAAGAAACAUCAUUAGCUGAACAAUCACGAGCUGCUAUUGGUUCAUCCGAUGAAACAUAUCGAUGGAUGGGUAAUGAAGAAUCUUUUGAACCUUUACCAAGAGGUGUUAGUUCAGUAAUGCAACAUAGUCGAAAUGAUACAAUGCCAUUUGUACAUGCAGAAAAAUUUGAACCUGUUAAAGUGUACGAUCAUCCUGUAUUUGGACCAACACCAGCUUAUAUACGACCAUUAUUUAAAAAUAAAAAAAAACAUCAGAAGAAAAUUCUAUCAGAUGAUUCAGAUGAUUCAGAUCAUGAAAAUGAAACAAAAAUAACUACAAAUGUUAAUAAUAAUAACAAUAAUAAUAAUAAUGUAUCUGAACAAAAACCUUUUGGAUAUGUAUCAUAUAAAAGUUGGAGAACAAAACAUGAACAUCUUGUUCCUGUUGAUCCACUUCUUUUCAGUAUAUAUACUCAACGUUCAAAUGGAUCUCUUCAAAGUUAUGGUCAAUCAUUAUAUGUAUUACAUGGUCGUCAGAAACGUGAUCGACAUAUAAGUCAUUCUGAACGUUUACCCACAUUACCACCAUCAGAUACUGCUUCGAUUGAAGUUGAUAAUUUUGAUGAAAAUUCUACUUCAUCAAAACAUCAAUAUAAUACAUUACAUUCACAAUCAACCUCUUCAAUUAUAUCAGAAAAGCCGUCAGAAUCUGUUUUUACAGGAAACAAGUCACAUCGACCCAUUCUUUCUACUCUACAUUUAUUACGAGUCAAUUCAAAUCCCACGAUAAUACAACCAUUAUCACCAAGCACUGAAACAAAAAUAACACUUCCUGCAAGCAUUUCAUUAAUACAAAAUGCGUCGAUAUUAAGUAGUCAAGAGUCACUUAAUACAUCAACAUCAGUAACUAUACCUGAUGCUUUAAAUUCACCUUCAAUAUCACUAUCAAACUCUCGACCUAGUUCAACUAUACCAUAUCAGACUCUAUCCAGUAUAAUUGAUAAUCCAUCAACAAUAGUCACACCUCUUUCCAAGUCUACAACGUCAUUACAUCAAAGAAAAGAUGUGUCUAGUGAUGAUGAUGAUGACGACGAUAGUGAUGAUGUUAUUUUAAGUAACAGUGAUAGCGACAAUGAUGAUGAUGGGAAACAGACACGUGGGCGACAAGAAAAAUUAUAA